AUGUCACAUCAAGUAACCCACACGGGAGAGAAACCUUUUGAAUGCUCAGAGUGUGGAAAGAGAUUCAAUAGGAGUGCCCAUCUUCAACAGCAUCAAGUAACCCACACGGGAGAGAAGCCUUUUGAAUGCACAGAGUGUGGAAAGAGAUUCAGUCAGAGAAGCAAUCUUCAAGUCCAUGAAAGAACCCACACAGGGGAGAAACCUUUUGAAUGCUCAGAGUGUGGGAAGAGAUUCAGUACGAAUAGGUGGCGUCAGCAUCACCAAGUAAUCCAUACAGGGGAGAAACCUUUUGAAUGCACAGAAUGUGGAAAGAGAUUCAGUCGGAGAAGCAGUCUUCAAGUCCAUCAAAGAACCCACACAGGGGAGAAACCUUUUGAAUGCACAGAGUGUGGAAAGAGAUUCAGUCAGAGAAGCAGUCUUCAAGUCCAUCAAAGAACCCACACAGGGGAGAAACCUUUUGAAUGCUCAGAGUGUGGGAAGAGAUUCAGUACGAAUCGGUAUCUUCAGCAGCACCAAGCAAUCCACACAAGGGAGAAACCUUUUGAAUGCACCAAGUGUGGAAAGAGAUUCAGUCAGAGUAUCAGUCUUCAGCUGCACCAAAGAACCCACACAGGGGAGAAACCUUUUGAAUGCUCAGAGUGUGGGAAGAGAUUCUGUCAUAGUAGCAGUCUUCAAGUCCAUCAAAGAACCCACACAGGUGAGAAACCUUUUGAAUGCUCAGAGUGUGGUAAGAGAUUCAGUUGGAGUCGCAGUCUUCAAGAGCAUCAAACAACCCACACAGGGGAGAAACCUUUUGAAUGCUCAGAGUGUGGGAAGAGAUUCAGCACGAGUUGCAGUCUUAAAGAUCAUCAAAGAACCCACACAGGGGAGAAACCUUUUGAAUGCUCAGAGUGUGGAAAGAGGUUCAGUGAGAGUAGUAAUCUUCGAACGCAUCAAAGAACCCACACAGGGGAGAAACCUUUUGAAUGCACAGAAUGUGGAAAGAGAUUCAGUCAUAGUAGCAGUCUUCAAGAGCAUCAAAGAACCCACACAGGGGAGAAACCUUUUGAAUGCUCAGAGUGUGGGAAGAGAUUCAGUCGGAGUUGCAGUCUUCAAAAGCAUCAAAGAACCCACACAGGGGAGAAACCUUUUGAAUGCACUGAGUGUGGAAAGAGAUUCAGUGAGAGUAGUCAUCUUCGAACGCAUCAAAGAACCCACACAGGGGAGAAACCUUUUGAAUGCACAGAAUGUGGAAAGAGAUUCAGUCAUAGUAGCAGUCUUCAAGAGCAUCAAAGAACCCACACAGGGGAGAAACCUUUUGAAUGCACAGAGUGUGGGACGAGAUUCACUCGGAGAAGGAAUCUUCAAGUCCAUCAAGGAACCCACAGAGGGGAGAAACCUUUUGAAUGCUCAGAGUGUGGGAAGAGAUUCAGUACAAAUGGGUAUCGUCAGCAGCACCAAGCAAUCCACACAGGGGAGAAACCUUUUGAAUGCACCGAGUGUGGAAAGAGAUUCAGUCAGAGUAUCAGUCUUCAGCUGCACCAAAGAACCCACACAGGGGAGAAACCUUUUGAAUGCUCAGAGUGCGGGAAGAGAUUCAAUCAGAGUCACAGGCUUCAACGGCACCAAACAAUCCACACAGGGGAGAAACCUUUUGAAUGCACAGAGUGUGGAAAGAGAUUCUGUCAGAGAAGCAGUCUUCAAGUCCAUCAAAGAACCCACACAGGGGAGAAACCUUUUGAAUGUUCAGAGUGUGGGAAGAGAUUCAGUAGGAGUAGCAGUCUUCAACAGCAUCAGAGAACCCACACAGGGGAGAAACCUUUUGAAUGUUCAGAGUGUGGAAAGAGAUUCAGUUGGAGUCGCAAUCUUCAAGUCCAUCAAAGAACCCAU